UAUGAAUCCGAGCCACACGUGAGUGCUUACAGACUGAAAAGUUUGGUGCAGUGUUGGCUUUUUGGCAAGUUUUGGCCCUCUAGGUGUGCCCCAAGUGGGGCGUCCCGCAAUGCCAAACCUAAUGCAACUCCUUCAGACUGCUAGAUCGUGGCGAAUCGACACCGAAGAGCCCCAAAGACUUAGUCCAUCGACGCCCAUCAUCACAGUUCUCCCAUCGGUCGAAGUGCCUGAAAAAAUCACCAUCUAUCCUGAUGAAGUAAAGUCCGAAACGUCGCCGCAGGACCGGACUCGCCGAGACACGCUCAAUUGGUUGAUGUCUUCGCUUCGUUCGAUCCUCCCUUCUUCCGGUCACAAGAGUGUCUCCGGAUCGCCGAGUGAAUUACAAAACAUGCUGCCAUCUUCCGUCAAAAUGCACAGAUUGAGUAAUGCCGGAAAACCGCCGGAGGAUAACGGCGGGAUCUGUCUCAUGACGGAAAGUCCUUUCCGGAUAUUGCGGGUGGCAGAAUGCGGCAACUUGGAGACAUUCCAAAGACUGUAUUUCGCUGAUCCGACAAGACUAAGUAUUAAGGAUAGUAGAGGGAGGACUGCGGCUCAUCAAGCAGCAGCAAAGAACAGAAUUAACAUUUUACAAUUUAUCUUGUCACAAGGAGGAGAUCUUAAUAAUCAGGAUAAUGCCGGAAAUACGCCUCUUCAUGUCGCUGUGGAACACGAAUCGCUCGAUGCGGUGGAUUUUCUCCUCCAAGCGGGCGUAAAGACGAAUAUAUUAAACGAGAAGAAACAAGCCGCCAUCCAUUUGGUCACCGAGCUUAACAAAGUGUCCGUCUURGAAGUGAUGGGCAAGCAUAAGGACAAAAUUGAUAUACUGCAAGGUGGGGAACAUGGCAGGACUGCCCUGCACAUUGCCGCCAUUUACGACCACGAGGAGUGUGCCAGGAUAUUGAUCUCCGUUUUCGACGCUUGCCCUCGYCGCCCCUGCAACAACGGUUACUACCCCAUCCACGAAGCCGCCAAAAACGCCUCUUCCAAAACCCUCGAAAUUUUCCUUCAGUGGGGAGAAUCACGCGGAUGUACGCGUGAAGAAAUGAUUUCGUUCUACGACUCGGAAGGCAACGUUCCUUUACACUCGGCCGUUCAUGGGGGCGAUAUUAAAGCAGUGGAAUUGUGUUUGCGAUCGGGGGCUAAGAUAAGCACUCAACAGCACGACCUUUCGACCCCUGUCCACUUAGCAUGUGCUCAGGGAGCUACCGACAUCGUCAAACUCAUGUUCAAGAUGCAACCGGAGGAGAAAUUGCCCUGUUUAGCAUCGUGUGACGUCCAGAAGAUGACUCCACUACACUGUGCUGCCAUGUUUGACCACCCCGAAAUUGUCGAAUUUUUAAUCAACGAAGGGGCUGAUAUCAACCCCAUGGAUAAAGAGAAGCGGUCGCCUCUUCUCUUAGCUGCUCUAAGAGGGGGUUGGAGGACAGUCCAUGUCCUAAUUAGACUAGGGGCUGAUAUUAACGUUAAAGAUGUUAAUAGACGAAAUGUUUUACAUCUGGUGGUGAUGAAUGGAGGGCGGUUAGAACAAUUUGCGUCGGAAGUUAGUAAGGCCAAAUCCCAGACAAGCCUCCUCCAAUUGCUCAACGAAAAAGAUAUUACCGGAUGUUCGCCUCUCCAUUACGCUAGUAGAGAAGGUCAUAUCAGAAGUUUAGAGAAUUUGAUACGAUUAGGAGCCACCAUCAACCUCAAGAACAAUAACAACGAAAGUCCUCUACAUUUCGCAGCUAGAUAUGGCCGUUACAACACAGUUCGUCAACUCCUCGACUCGGAAAAGGGCACUUUUAUUAUUAACGAAAGCGACGGUGAAGGCCUCACCCCCCUCCACAUCGCCUCCAAGCAAGGCCACACCCGCGUAGUCCAACUCCUCCUCAACCGUGGUGCUCUCCUCCACCGCGACCACAACGGCCGUAAUCCCCUYCAUCUCGCAGCCAUGAAUGGCUACACCCAAACCAUAGAACUCCUCCUCUCGGUCCACUCCCAUCUCCUUGACCAGACGGACAAAGACGGCAACACUGCGUUGCAUUUAGCCACGAUGGAGAAUAAACCAAACGCUAUAGCCCUCCUCCUCUCCAUGAAUUGCAAACUUUUGUACAACCAAAUGGAGAUGAGUGCUAUUGACUACGCCAUCUAUUACAAGUUUCCAGAAGCUGCGUUAGCUAUGGUCACUCAUGAGGACCGGGCGGAGGAAGUUAUGGCCUUGAAGUCCAAUAAACACCCCUAUGUCACACUUGCUCUAAUUGCRUCAAUGCCAAGGGUGUUUGAGGCCGUCCAAGAUAAAUGUAUCACUAAGGCCAACUGCAAGAAGGAUUCAAAGUCGUUUUAUAUAAAGUACAAUUUUUCGGCCUUGCAAUGUGCACAGUUUUACGCAGAUAUGGACCACAAGACGGGAGACGCUUUAACCAUUUCGAAACCAAUCCCUUUACCCGCUUUAAACGCCAUGGUUUCGCACGGUAGAGUAGAACUACUAGCACACCCAUUAAGCCAAAAGUAUCUACAAAUGAAAUGGAAUUCGUACGGGAAGUACUUCCAUCUCACCAACGUUCUAUUCUACAGUAUUUUCCUCACAUUUGUGACUUGUUUUGCCUACGAAAUUAUGAGACACGAGGAAAACAUCGUCACUUACAAUACCACAAAUUUAACACAUGAUGAAUACGUCAAUUUUAGCAAAGCCAAUAUCCUCAACGUCAAAAUAACCCCAAUGAUGUAUAUGAGUGCUCUGGCUAUAAUCACUUAUGUCAUUUUAAACACUAUAAGAGAGAUGGUGCAGGUGUACCAACAAAAAUUUAUGUAUUUUCUUGAUCCCAACAACUUGGUGACUUGGGUACUAUAUACUUGUGCAGUCGUAAUGGUUUUUCCAAUAUUUUGGAGCACGAUGUACGAGCUUCAAUUUUCCUGUGCUUCAGUCACUGUUUUCUUGAGCUGGUUUAACCUCCUUCUCCUUUUACAACGCUUUGACCAAGUUGGCAUUUACGUAGUUAUGUUUUUGGAGAUAUUACAAACACUUAUAAAAGUACUUCUCGUGUUUUCUAUACUGAUUAUAGCAUUUGGUCUUGCGUUUUACAUUUUGUUAUCAAGGGGUGACCAUCUUAGCUUCAAAACAAUACCAAUGAGUCUAGUACGAACAUUUUCAAUGAUGUUGGGCGAAAUUGACUUUUUGGGGACUUAUGUCAAACCGUAUUACUUGACCACGGAAGAUGAAAAGUCAUUCUUGCCCUUCCCCAUCCCUGCAUUUUUCAUUUUAGGGCUAUUUAUGGUACUAAUGCCCAUUCUUUUGAUGAAUUUGCUCAUUGGUUUGGCUGUUGGUGACAUAGAAUCAGUCAGGAGAAAUGCUCAGUUGAAACGACUAGCAAUGCAGGUGGUAUUGCACACCGAAUUGGAGCGCAAACUCCCCAAAAUGCUCCUUGAAAGGGUCGACAAAUGCGAAUUGAUCGAAUAUCCAAACGACACCAAAUGCAAGUUAGGUUUCUUCGACUCCAUCUUGCGAAAAUGGUUUGGUAACCCUUUUUCCGACGAGGGGAGUCACCACAAGCACAAGAUCAAAGCAAGAUGGCGACAUCAUGGUUUGGAUAUGGCAAUGGAGGGUGUUGAGGAUUACGUUGUUAACGAACUCGACAARACUAAGAGAAAGUUGAGGGAAAUAACCACAGCUUUAGAAACACAACAGCAGUUUUUGAGGCUAAUUGUUCAAAAAAUGGAAAUUAAGACAGAAGCCGAUGAUGUAGAUGAAGGUGUUUCCCCRAAUGAUCUUAAACCCAUUAUGGGACACGCAAGCAAAUGGACUUCUCCCAAAAUCAGAAAGAAGUUGCGAUCUGUGGUCAGCUUCAACAAUAAAAACAGCAGCACUUAGGCUAGUUUGGAUUAAUUAACUGCACUGUUGUUAAUUAAAUUUGUUCCCAAUUAUGUUUUUAAUUAUAAGACUAAGCUAAGGCUUGUGUUAGAUGUAAAGCUGGAGUUUUUAUGAAAAAGAAUUCAUAUUUUUCUAGGGGAAAAGAUAAACCGAAUUAUGUCGUUCUUGUUAGGUGUUAUUAAUGUUAUUGAGUAGGUACCUGAUAUACGUGACUUGUGGCAGAAAUUAUGACAAUUUUUUGAAGAGUUGGGACCACUAGCUUCUCACUGAAGGGUAUUUCUUAAUUUAGGUGCUUGAUAAUUAGUUUCUUGUGARAGUUUUUGCCACAUUCUCUGAUUUAUAUUAAUUUUCGACUAAUUUAUUUAUUAUUCUUUGUUUGAACACUACACUUUAUGUAUUAUAAAAUGUAAUUUUCUUUAAAAAAUAUAUGUUUACA